CAAAAUAUAAACUUUUUCGUGUUUGCGGUUGUCAACAGGGUUAACGUGGAAAUUUUAUUUUUAACAUUUAAAUUUAAAUAUUUGCAAAAUGUCAGAUGGUGAAGAUGAUUUUAUGUGCGAAGAGGAGGAAGAUUAUGGUCUUGAAUACUCUGAAGAUUCAAAUUCAGAACCUGAUGUUGAUUUAGAAAAUCAAUAUUAUAAUAGUAAAGCCUUAAAAGAAGAUGAUCCAAAGGCAGCUUUACAAAGUUUUCAAAAAGUUUUGGAUUUAGAGGGAGGAGAGAAGGGUGAAUGGGGUUUCAAAGCUUUGAAGCAAAUGAUAAAGAUUAAUUUUAAAUUGGGUAAUUAUAAAGAAAUGAUGGCACGAUAUAAACAAUUAUUAACUUAUAUUAAAAGUGCAGUUACCAGAAAUCAUUCAGAAAAAUCUAUAAAUUCUAUAUUAGAUUAUAUUAGUACCUCAAAAAAUAUGGAAUUAUUACAAGAUUUUUAUGAAACUACUUUAGAUGCAUUAAAAGAUGCUAAAAAUGAUAGGUUAUGGUUUAAAACUAAUACAAAGUUAGGAAAGUUAUAUUUUGAUCGAUCAGAUUUUAAUAAAUUAGCAAAAAUAUUAAAACAACUUCAUCAAAGUUGUCAGACUGAUGACGGGGAAGAUGAUUUAAAAAAAGGAACACAACUUUUAGAAAUUUAUGCAUUAGAAAUACAAAUGUAUACAGCACAAAAAAACAAUAAAAAAUUGAAGACUUUAUAUGAACAGAGUUUACAUAUUAAAAGUGCUAUACCACAUCCAUUAAUAAUGGGAGUUAUUAGAGAAUGUGGAGGAAAAAUGCAUUUAAGAGAAGGUGAAUUUGAAAGAGCUCAUACUGAUUUUUUUGAAGCUUUUAAAAAUUAUGAUGAAUCUGGAUCACCAAGACGUACUACAUGUUUAAAAUAUUUAGUUUUAGCAAACAUGCUCAUGAAAUCUGGUAUUAAUCCAUUUGACUCCCAGGAAGCAAAACCAUAUAAAAAUGAUCCUGAGAUUUUGGCAAUGACAAAUUUAGUAGUUAGUUAUCAAAAUAAUGAUAUUAAUCAAUUUGAAUUAAUUUUAAAACAAAACAGAAAUAACAUAAUGGAUGAUCCUUUUAUAAGAGAGCAUAUCGAAGAUUUAUUACGUAAUAUACGCACACAGGUUUUAAUCAAAUUAAUUAAACCAUACACUAGAAUUUAUAUUCCUUUUAUAAGUAAAGAGUUAAAUAUUGAUGUAUCAGAGGUUGAAAGUCUUUUAGUAUCUUGUAUUUUGGAUAGUACAAUUCGUGGUCGAAUUGACCAGGUGAACCAAGUACUUGAAUUGGAUAAAAAAUCAGUAUGUGCAGCGCGCUAUAAUGCUCUUGAUAAGUGGACAGGUCAGUUACAUUCUUUGCAUUUAACUAUAGUAAAUAAAAUGUCGUAGAGAAUAUGAUGCGCGUGAAUCUAAAAUAACAUUGAUUUUAAAACAUUACAUUGUAUAGUAUAUCAUAAAUACCUAUCUCCAAUUAUUUGAAAAAUAAAUUUAUUGUGAUAUAAUAAAAUUAAAA